AUGCAAUUUAAAGAUACACUAGGAACAAGAUUGCAAAUUUUAGAUACUUAUAAAGAAUUUCUAAACACCACACAAAACAAGUUAACUUCUUUUUUGGAUCAAAUUGGAUGGAAUGAAAAAGACACUUUUAGUGAAAAGAUAAAUGGUGGACAGCCAAAAAAGAAUGUGUCUAAAAGUAAUUCCAAAGUAUUAAAUGAACAAAAACUCUAUCCUGAUGUAUGGUUACCAGAAACUGCUAAAUCAUGUAUAAAAUUAGGAAUGAAAGAUAUAAAUAAAAUAAUUAAUAAGGACACAUACAACCAAAAAUCUGAAAAAGUCCCACAAAGUUUGGAACAAUAUCAAUCUGCAUUUUCUAAUAAUGAGAGACUUAUGGUUUAUGAAUAUGUGCUGAAGAAUACUGAAUUAGAAACAAAUUCAGACUUAAAUUUGAAUUUCAGUUUAGCAAAUGACUCUAACACCUCUGCAAAUGAAAAUUCAUCUUUUCAAGAUGAAUUAGCUUUAAAAAGAGAUUUGAAAAGACGCAGGGCAAAAUAUCGCAAGCCUGCAAGCCGUGGAUAUAAACAAGAAUUAAAAGAUACAAUCGAAACACAAAUGGAAAUGUAUAUGAAUUAUCUAGAAAAAAAGUAUGGCUUAGUUAACCCAAAUUCUUUAAAUAAUGUAAAAGAAGAUGCUAUCAAAGUAAUUGAAAAGGAAAAUACUACAUCUCAGUAUGAAUAUUUUACUGAAGAACAUAUUUUUGAAGAAACAUUGAAAAAGCGUAAAGAGAGAGAAAAUAAUGAACAAAGUCGCUCUCGCAUUGUUGAUACUUUGCGUGGCAAAAAGCCUUCUAGUAGUAAGUUUAAUGAGUCUGACUUUUAUUUUCAUGCUCAUAGUGAAAAUUUGGAUAAGCAAAAGUCAUCUGCUGAUAAGAAAGAGUCUUCAACACAUGAUUAUCGCUCAAGGAAUACAAAAAAAGAUUCCUGUUAUGAAGUACCUAAGAAAUAUAAUGAAUAUAAAAGUAGUAGUUCUUCAAGUAAACGUAGAUAUUCCUCAGAUUAUGAAAGUGACAAAUCAAAAGAACAAAAUUAUAAAAAAAGAUCUGAUGAUAGAAAGGAAAAAUAUAAGCGUGAUAAAUAUGAUUAUUAUGACACCUCUGAACAUAAGAGACAUAAGAAGCAUAAACAUAAACAUAAACAUAGUCAUUAA